AUGGAGCUCUAUCACUGGUUCUACUUCCGCUGGAGGGAUGGUGAGGUCCCCCUUGCGGAAGUCGAUGACUCCGCACAGAGGCGCGCCGUGGCGCUGCUCUGGUGUGGGCUUGAAAAUGCUGGAUGCCUGAAGGAUGCCGCGCAGACGGAGGAGUCGAUUCGCGGCUUCAUGGAGAUGGGGUGUCACAUAUUCUGGCAGCAGAUGGUCAUGAUUGAAGCAGAGAUCGGAUUGGAGCUUUCAAGGCGUGGAAAUGUGCGACUGUCUGCCCGCGUACUCCGCAAUGCCUCUGAACACUUCUCGCAGAUGAUGCGGCAUCCGUACUUUUCAAGGUUCCCUUGGCAGCAUCCCCACGAUAUGAACUUUAACCACGAGAUGUUUCCUUCUCCUGGCCCUGUCUGGCCCAGCAAGAUGCUGCCAAUUGAGAGUUGGCUGGAGGAGCAUUUUGCCAUAUUCCGGGAGGAGCUCGACGCGCUACUCCAGCAUGCAGGAUUGUUUGACGCCCUGCACGAGGCGGAGAGGAAUGCCGAGGGGCAAGACCAUGCCAGAGACACUGACUGGACGGUGCUGGAAUUGGCGGACACUCGGGAGGAGGAGCCGUGGAAACUGGCCGCUUGCUCUCAGGUGCCUCGCACUUGUAGACUUCUGCAAAGCAGGCCAGAGUUCCAGUGCGACCACGCCGCCGCGUACAUCAACCGCAUGCGCCCUGGGGCUUGGAUCAAGCCUCACAUGGGUGGGCCCCCACGGCUGGUGGCACACCUCGGGCUGGAUGUGCCGGAUGCGCCAAUAGAGCUAUAUGUUGGCACUGCCAAAUUGAACUGGGAGACUGGACGGGCCCACGUCAUUGAUGACACAUACCCGCAUUCCGCACGGUACUUGGGAGAACAUGACGAAGGUGAAGAACGCUACAUCCUUCAUCUGCUCAUGUGCCAUCCUUGCGAAGAGCAGCAGCGCGCUGCCUACACGGGCCAGGAGCAGAUGUGCGAUCCCGGAGCGCAUGACACUUCCAUUAGACUCCGGGCUUGGACGGCGGAGAUCCUGGAUGUGAAGAUGUGGGGGGGCCAUCGGUCUCUUCGGGACACCAACGUGGCUAAGAUCGAGGGAGACGACCUCAAGAUUUUCAUGGGCUUGCUGGCAGACCUUUUCCCCGGAGUGCAGGUUCCGCGGGCACGAGACUACGACUUCGAACAGGUCUGUGUGGAGGUGAUGGAGAGUGACUUCGGCUACACCAACGAUCCUGAUGGGUAUCUGCUUCUGAAGAUCUCCCAGCUUAUCGAACUCUUGGAGAUUCGGCACUCCGUCUUUUUGAUGGGCAAUCCCGGUAGCUUCAAGUCAUUCCUCUGGAAAGUCCUGAAGAAUGCAAAGACUCGGGUCGGUGACAAGACCACCGUCGUGGACUUCAGCCCGAAAGCCAUCACCACCAACGAGCUUUACGGAAGUGUGAACAUGUACACGCGCGAGUGGAAAGACGGCAUCCUCUCCAAGACCAUGCGCGACCUGGGGCCAGCUUUGCAUGAGCAGCAUCAGCCUGCCAGGCUGGUUCCAGAUACUCACCCGAAAUGGAUCAUGCUGGACGGUGACUUGGAUGCUAACUGGAUUGAAUCCAUGAACAGCGCCGCAGCCUUGGCAGAGCGGUUCAUGUCAAUGUUGGCAGACCACUUUGCUGGGCGUGUGACGCCAGAUGCAUAUGAAGAUGAUCUUCGAGAUUCGGGUGUCAUCUUGCUGGAUUGGCAACUACAGGGAGCAAGAGCCGAGGUGUGCAUGUCGGACAAAGAGGGCGUCCAGUGGCAAUGCUAUGUGAAUUCUUGGAUCAAGAAGUGUGCAUAUCCAGAGCAGCUUGCACUCCUCUUCGACAAGUACUGCUCCACUACCCUUGCCUGGAUACGCAAGUCUGCCAAGAUUCAGGUUCCCUACGUGGAGGUUGCCCUGAUCUCCGCGCUGUGCAGCCUGCUGGAUGCCCGCCUGCCCUCCCACAAUCUGGAGGCAGAAGCGGAAGUUGACCUGGCCGUGGAGGCUUGGUUCGUCUUCUGCACCAUCUUUGCCACCGGCAGCAGUCUUGCCGUUGAUGGAAUCGACUACCGGAAGGCUUUCAGCACCUGGUGGAAGAACGAGAUGAAGACCAUCAAGUGCCUGGGCUUCUUUUGCCAGAGCUGUGCUGCAACAGCUGUGCAGCAAACUGGUGCAACGCAAUCGGCCAGGCUGGAGGAGUGGGGCAGCCUCGUCGAGCCCCUGCAGUGUACCGAAGCACAACUCCCAUGGGGGAGGCCGACUACGGAAACGGUCUGCCUGGACUACUUCAUGAAAGCAUUGAUUGAGGUGAACCAUCCGGUGAUGCUUAUUGGUCUCGCUGGCUGCGGCAUCCUGCUCAGAAUUUCUGUUCUGGUAUGCAAGACGCAGUCCUGCACUGGUCUGUUGAAGCGGCUGGAUCAUGAGGUCUUCAUGGGCUACAAGAUGAACAUGUGGAGCUACUACACGGACUCCACCAUGCUUCAAACGAUGAUGGAGAUUCCGCUUGAGAAGAAGGCCGGAAAGCUGUAUGCUCCUCCUGGCAAGCUUCAGCUGAUCUACUUCAUUGAUGAUCUGAACAUGCCGGCCCUGGACAAGUACAACACGCAGUCUGCAAUCGAGCUGAUUAAGCAGAAGCAGGACUACAGCCACUGGUAUGACCGGGUCAAGAUCCAAGUCAAAGACAUUGGUGGCACGCAGAAUCCUGCUGCCCGCAUGGGACUCUUCCUGAGCAACAACUCUAACACAGAUGUCCUGGCAGGACCAGCUCCGUUCAAUUCCCAGAACAGCCACGGACUGAGAAGUCUCAAAAUUCUCACGAGCAUCGAGAGUGCCAGGGCACGUAGACUGGCACACCUCCGCUUGAUGAUCAAUUCCCGCACUGGCAAUGCAAUGCAAUGCAAUGUGCCGCCCGGUGGGUUGAGGAAUGCCUUGAACUUGAUCUACUCCACCUUCAUGAAAGGCCACUUCGACACGCUCUCCUUCAAGGUGCCGGUGCAGGAGAUCUCAAACUGGGUCAUCAAAGCUGCCCUCAACUUCCACACCCAGGUCAGCGCCACUUUCAGGAAGACUGCGCAGAACAUGCACUACGAGCUUCAAUCUGAGUGCAAGAGCAACAGAGUGACUGGCCAGUGGUGUGUGACGGAGGAUUGCUUGCUUAUGAACCCCCACAUUAGCCCACAUGAAUUAGCUUACAGCUGCUGCAUUACAGAAUGCUGGCAGUCGAAGCCAAGCGAGUUCAUGGAUGCGGAGAAGCUUGUUCUCUUGUGGAUUCACGAAAGCGAGCGCAUCUACGGCGAUCGUCUGGUGUCCAUGGCCGACCUCAGGCUGCGACAGCUUACGGAGAAGAUCGCGAAGCAGAUGUUUUCGAAGCACAACCUGCAGAAGUACUUCCAGGAGAAGAAUCCUGAGCCCAUCGUGUUUGCGCCCUUCUCGCGAGCCAGCCUGACUGCUUUGUGCGGACAUCAGAACAUGGACGAUGGUGGUGUGUAUGACAAGAUCAAGGCCCUCCAUCAUGCGGCAAAUGCCAAUCCAAAUCUCGUCGAACACUGA